CGGGCCAUGGCGCCGCGCCCCGCGGGCCCCCCGCGCCGCUGCCUGCUGGCGCUCGUGCUGUGCUGCGGCUGGGGCGCGCUGGCCACGGUCGCCCCGAAGCCGGGCGCCGGCUGCCCGAGCCGCUGCCUGUGCUUCCGCACCACCGUGCGCUGCAUGCAUCUGCUGCUGGAGGCCGUGCCCGCCGUGGCGCCGCAGACCUCCAUCCUGGAUCUUCGCUUUAACAGAAUCCGAGAGAUCCAGCCCGGGGCGUUCAGGAAGCUGAGAAACUUGAAUACGUUGCUUCUCAACAAUAACCAGAUCAAGAGCAUACCCGGCGGGUCGUUCGAAGACCUGGAGAACUUAAAAUAUCUCUAUCUGUACAAGAAUGAGAUCCAGGCAAUUGACAGGCAAGCAUUUAAGGGACUUGCCUCUCUAGAACAACUGUACCUGCACUUUAAUCAGAUAGAAACUCUCGACCCAGAGUCGUUCCAACACUUGCCGAAGCUGGAGAGGCUAUUCUUACAUAACAACCGAAUCACACAUUUGGUUCCGGGAACAUUCGAUCACUUGGAAUCCAUGAAAAGACUGCGACUGGACUCCAACGCACUUCACUGCGACUGUGAGAUCCUGUGGCUGGCGGAUCUGCUCAAAACCUACGCCAAGUCGGGGAAUGCGCAGGCAGCAGCCACCUGUGAAUAUCCGCGCCGCAUCCAGGGGCGCUCGGUGGCCACCAUCACCCCCGAAGAGCUGGACUGUGAAAGGCCUCGCAUCACAUCAGAGCCCCAGGACGCGGACGUCACCUCGGGGAACACCGUGUUCUUCACGUGCAGAGCAGAAGGCAACCCCAAGCCCGAGAUCAUCUGGCUGCGAAACAAUAACGAGUUGAGCAUGAAGACGGAUUCCCGCCUCAACUUGCUGGACGACGGGACUUUGAUGAUCCAAAACACGCAGGAGACCGACCAGGGCAUCUACCAGUGCAUGGCCAAGAACGUGGCCGGGCAGGUGAAAACACAGGAAGUCACCCUCAGGUACUUUGGGUCUCCAGCUCGACCCGCUUUUGUAAUCCAGCCACAGAACACGGAGGUGCUGGUCGGGGAGAGUGUCACCCUGGAGUGCAGCGCCACGGGCCACCCUCCGCCGCGGAUCACCUGGACCAAAGGGGACCGCACGCCCCUGCCCGAGGACCCUCGCGUGAGCAUCACCCCCUCGGGCGGCCUUUUCAUACAGAACGUCCUGCAGGACGACAGCGGCGAGUACACGUGCUUCGCCUCCAACAGUGUGGAGAGCAUCCACGCCACGGCUCUGAUCAUCGUCCAGGCUCUCCCCCAGUUCACCGUGACCCCUGAGGACAGAGCGGUCAUCGAGGGCCAGACGGUGGAUUUCCAGUGUGAGGCCAAGGGCUACCCGCAGCCGGUCAUCGCCUGGACCAAAGGAGGGAGCCAGCUGUCCGUGGACAGGAGGCACCUCGUCCUCUCGUCGGGAACGCUCAGGAUCUCCGGCGUCGCGCUGCACGACCAGGGCCAGUACGAGUGCCAGGCCGUCAACAUCAUCGGCUCCCAGAGGGCCGUGGCCCACCUGACCGUGCAGCCCAGGGUCACACCGGUGUUUGCCAGCAUUCCCAGUGACAUGACGGUGGACGUGGGCAGCAACGUGCAGCUGCCCUGCAGCUCCCAGGGCGAGCCCGAGCCCGCCAUCACCUGGAACAAGGAUGGGGUUCAGGUGACGGAAAGUGGGAAAUUUCACAUUAGCCCCGAGGGGUUCCUGACGAUCCACGACGUCGGGACCGCGGAUGCAGGCCGUUACGAGUGCGUGGCGAGGAACACUAUCGGCCAGGCGUCUGUCAGCAUGGUGCUCAGCGUGAGCGUUCCCGACGUCAGUCGAAACGGCGACCCGUUCGUGGCCACCUCAAUUGUGGAAGCGAUUGCGACCGUGGACAGAGCCAUCAACUCGACCCGCACACACCUGUUUGACAGCCGCCCCCGAACCCCCAACGACCUGCUGGCCUUGUUCCGCUACCCGAGAGACCCCUACACCGUGGAGCAGGCGCGCGCGGGAGAGAUAUUUGAGCGGACGCUGCAGCUGAUUCAGGAGCACGUGCAGCACGGCCUCAUGGUCGACCUGAACGGAACAAGCUACCACUACAACGACUUGGUGUCGCCCCAGUACCUGAGCCUCAUCGCCAACCUGUCGGGCUGUACCGCGCACCGGCGCGUGAACAACUGCUCGGACAUGUGCUUCCACCAGAAGUACCGCACCCACGACGGCACCUGCAACAACCUGCAGCACCCCAUGUGGGGCGCCUCGCUGACCGCCUUCGAGCGCCUGCUGAAAGCCGUGUACGAGAACGGCUUCAACACGCCGCGGGGCGUCAACCCCGGCCGGCUGUACCACGGGCACGCGCUCCCCAUGCCCCGGCUCGUGUCCACCUCGCUCAUCGGCACGGAGACCGUCACGCCCGACGAGCAGUUCACCCACAUGCUGAUGCAGUGGGGCCAGUUUCUGGACCACGACCUGGACUCCACGGUGGUGGCCCUGAGCCAGGCCCGCUUCUCCGACGGGCAGCACUGCAGCUCCGUGUGCAGCAGCGACCCCCCGUGCUUCUCGGUCGCCGUGCCCCCCAACGACCCCCGCGUCAGGAACGGGGCGCGCUGCAUGUUCUUCGUGCGCUCCAGCCCCGUGUGCGGCAGCGGCAUGACGUCCCUGCUCAUGAACUCCGUGUACCCGCGGGAGCAGAUUAACCAACUCACCUCCUACAUCGACGCCUCCAACGUAUACGGGAGCACGGAGCACGAGGCGCGCGCCAUCCGGGACCUGGCCAGCCACCGCGGGCUGCUGCGGCAGGGCAUCGUGCAGCGCUCAGGGAAGCCACUGCUGCCCUUCGCCACCGGGCCGCCCACGGAGUGCAUGCGGGACGAGCACGAGAGCCCCAUCCCCUGCUUCCUGGCCGGGGACCACCGCGCCAACGAGCAGCUCGGCCUCACCAGCAUGCACACGCUCUGGUUCCGGGAGCACAACCGCGUGGCCACCGAGCUGCUCGGCCUGAACCCGCACUGGGACGGCGACACCGUGUACCACGAGGCCAGGAAGAUCGUGGGUGCGCAGAUGCAGCACAUCACCUACCAGCACUGGCUGCCCAAGGUGCUGGGCGAGGUGGGCAUGAAGGUGCUGGGCGAGUACCGCGGCUACGACCCGGGCGUCAACGCCGGCAUCUUCAACGCCUUUGCCACGGCCGCCUUCAGGUUUGGCCACACGCUCAUCAACCCCGUGCUCUACCGGCUGGACGAGGACUUCGAGCCCAUCGCGCAGGGACACGUCCCCCUGCACAAAGCCUUCUUCUCCCCCUUCCGCAUCGUGAACGAGGGCGGCAUCGACCCACUGCUCAGGGGCCUGUUCGGCGUGGCGGGCAAGAUGCGCGUGCCCACCCAGCUGCUGAACACGGAGCUCACCGAGCGGCUCUUCUCCAUGGCGCACACGGUGGCCCUGGACCUGGCCGCCAUCAACAUCCAGCGGGGCCGCGACCACGGCAUCCCGCCCUACCACGAGUACCGGGUCUACUGCAACCUGUCGGCUGCCCACACCUUCGAGGACCUGAAGAACGAGAUCAAGAACCCUGAGAUCCGGGAGAAGCUGAGACGGUUAUAUGGAUCUCCACUCAACAUUGAUUUAUUCCCCGCCCUCAUGGUGGAAGACUUGGUCCCAGGCAGCCGGCUGGGGCCCACCCUAAUGUGUCUGCUGAGCACGCAGUUCAAGCGCUUGAGAGAUGGGGACAGGUUGUGGUACGAAAACCCGGGGGUGUUCUCCCCGGCGCAGCUGACGCAGAUCAAGCAGACGUCCCUGGCCAGGAUUCUGUGCGACAACGCCGACAACAUCACGCGUGUGCAGCGGGACGUGUUCCGCGUGGCUGAGUUCCCCCACGGGUACGGCAGCUGUGACGAAGUUCCCAGGGUGGACCUGCGCGUGUGGCAGGAUUGCUGUGAAGACUGCAGGACCCGGGGACAGUUCAACGCGUUUUCCUACCACUUCCGAGGCAAGCGGUCCCUGGAGUUCAGCUACCAGGAGGAUGAGCCCACCGGGGAAGCAGGCCCCGCAGGGACCCCAAGCAUCGGGAAACGCAGGAAACAUCCGGGCAAUGCCACGGCCGCCUCGGGCGAGCACCCACAAGUACCGGGCGCCAAUGACUUCAAGGACUUCGUUCUGGAAAUGCAAAAGACCAUCACAGACCUCAGAGAACAGAUAAAGAGGCUGGAGUCCCGGCUCAGCACCGCGGACUGCACGGAUGCCGACGGGGAGCCGCACGCCAACGGCGCCAAGUGGAAGCGAGAUGCGUGCACCGCCUGCGAGUGCCGUGACGGGCAGGUCACCUGCUUCGUGGAAGCCUGCCAGCCCGCCGAGUGCCCGGCGCCUGUGAGAGCCCGCGGGGCCUGCUGUCCGGUCUGCCCGAGAGAUGGUGUGGGGAGGAAGCCCUAGGCGCGGGGAGGCCUCCGGGGUCCUCUGCGCGUCCUCGAGCCCCAUGGCCGGCGCAGGCGUGCGCACGGGAGGGGCCCCUUCCGUGUCAGUGGAGAACGGGUGCUUCGGCCAGAGCAUGCUCGGAGGAGAAACCACAGACACGUGUCCUAACUUCACGUUAGAUUCUCAGGUUUUUAUUUAAUGUUUUUAAUGAAAUAUUGGUGCUACUAUUAAAUUGCACAGUUAAGUCAUCUAGUCUCCUAAAUUCACUUCCCUGGAUACCACCGUUUCUUCUCGACCAAAAGUGAGUCCCGCUUGGUUCUGACACCUGGAGCUCGCAGAAGAGCCAGCCGCGGUUCGGGCGCGUCGCGGAGCCGCCGGAAGGACACGUGCCGCGGCAGAAAGGGAGGACAGAUCGUAGGGGUGACGGUCUGGGUGGGGGUGCGGGCCCCUGCGGCCCCGCCGAGGCAGCAGUGUGUGGUCCCCGGAGGGACAGCCCCGCCGCUCAGUCGCUCGCCCGCCCGCCCGCCCGCCUGUGGCUUCCAGCACCUCGCCCGUGAGACUGACAGGAAGCCGCACGCAGAAACGGGUUGGUUUUCGCCACAACUCGCGUGACGCUGCCUGGCGUGGACGCCCGCGAAGCCCUGUUCCUACGGAAGGCCCGCGUCCGUGUUCCGUCCUGCCCCGGCCGGGGCGCGCAGAGGACUCCCCCCGACGGAGGCGUCGGCGUUGGGGACUUCCUGACUUCAGGUCGUGUGAGUGCCUUACAGAAACGCAGUCGACCCCUUUACCUCAUCUGUAUUUCCAAAAUGCAUGACGUUGUAUGAAAUGUUGCCCGUGUUUAGGCGUCAGGAAUGGCAGAAAAAUCACUUCCGCUACGCAAGAGCUGUGUUAGAAUUGAGAGAAAAGCAGCUCUCAUACCUCAUGGUCACUCUCUUCCUAAUCGACGAAAACCUCCUGUUUUGUUCUAAACGGUGAAGUCACCUGUGUCCUGAGAAGUGUGUCCCUGAACGCAGCAGCGCGGCUCUGCAGGCCCGGACCCCAGUGCCCACCGCGUGCGGGCGCCGAGCAGAGCACACACCCAGGCCCCCGCCCCGCGUGGGGGGCCCCCGAGGACGCGGGUGGUCUCAGUACGUGGUGGCCGGCAAGUCCCCGGCGGGGGCGCCCGGGUAGCGGUCACUGUGCUGGCCUGGAGGUGGGGGCUCCUGGCGGGCAGGCACGUGGUGGGCAGCUUCAGAGCCUGGUCCGGCCCGACCCCAGGCAGGAGCCCCCCCAGCCCCGUGACCCGGCUGCCACGACCCCGGGGCGGGGCGAGCGCACCCACUGGGGCUUUAGACGCUGCCAGCUCGAUUUCUCGUGCUCAGAACGUGAAGUGGGAAAUACGAGCAGGUGUCUCGUGGGGCAGGGGCUUCCUGGGAGAUACCGAGUCACGUGGAGUAACCAAAUGUCAGAACCGAUUUGUGUGGGUGAGAGAGUGGACGGCCGUGUGUGCAGCGCGGGGUCACGGAGUUGCUCAGGUACACGAUGACCGCGCCCCCGCGGCCCGUGAGCGUCUGGAGGCUCCUGCGCCAGUGGGAACGUGUGGCUGGGCCUGCGUGCUCGGGGGAGGGGCCGUCCGCGCCUGUAACGUUGCGGGCUCCCCGUGUCCUCACGCCCGAAGGGACCCUCGGCGGCCACGCGAGGCGAGUGUACAUAUUUAUUUACCCCCUGACUGUCGCCAGCAGCCCAGCGCCUUCCUGUGUUCAUUGUAAUCAGUUCAUUACCAAAGAGACGUUUGCACUAUGUACCGAUGCCGCCAGUUCAAAUAAACGGGCCACGUCUUCAAAUG